AUGGUUGUCCUUGUACUUGUAUUGAUGCUAGCCACUACUAUGUGUCAUCAUGUAUGGAGUAGCAAUAUAAGUGGGCAAUGCAUAGAGAGUGAGAGACAAGCUCUUCUUACUUUUAAGAAUGGUCUUGUUGAUAAAGGCAAUAAGUUAUCCUCCUGGACCAACACCCGACCAGAUUGCUGUGAUUGGAAUGGAAUCAGGUGUGAUAACUUAACUCAUCAUAUUAUUGAACUUAGUCUCUCUUAUUUGAAUGGUGAAAUUGGUUCCUCUUUGGUUGAAUUGAAACAACUAAGGCACUUGGAUCUUAGUGGGAGUUAUGAUGGUCAUUUGGAAGCUCACAAUCUUAAAUGGCUUUCUAGUCUUCCUUUUCUCAAAGAUGUUGGUUUAGGUGACAUUGAUUUAAGCAAAGCCACAGAUUGGUUUCAAUCAAUUAAAACAGCUCAUUCCUUAACAAGUUUGUAUUUAGAAUCAUGUCAACUUCCGCAAGUUGAUAUGUUGUCUCUUUCCAAUAAAAACUCUUCAAAUUCUCUCACUUAUCUCUCUCUCAUAUUCAAUACCAUCCAUCCUACAACAUUUCCUUGGAUGCUCAAUUUGAGUACCAAUCUUGUUGAACUGGGCAUAUUUGAUACUUAUAACAUCAGAGGUCCUCUUCCAAACUCUUUUGAAAAUAUGAGAAAUCUUGAGAAAAUUUAUUUCAAUGAGAAUGGAUUUGAAGGUGGAAUACCAAAAUCAUUGGGGAAUCUUUGCACCCUUAAAGAAUUGUCUCUCUGUGGGAACAAUUUCAAUACAACGACACUCCAUGAUAUUUUAGAAUUGCUUUGCACUAAGGAUUCUUUACAAGUUUUGGACUUGCGUUCAAACCAACUAAGUGGAUCCAUCCCUACUCUUUCAAAUAUGCCAUACUUAAGAGAGUUCGAUGUCUCUGGUAAUUCUCUCUCUGGGGUCAUCUCUGAGGUACACUUUCAAAAUCUCUCCAAAUUGGAGGUACUUGGCUUGUCUUCUAACUCUUUGGCAUUAAAAUUCAAAUCCAAUUGGGUUCCACCAUUUCAACUAACUUCAAUACAUUUGAGUUUUUGUAAGUUAGGUCCAAAGUUUCCUAGUUGGCUCAAAACUCAAGUCAAAAUAAGAGAUAUCCGUCUUUCACAUAAUGAGAUCAAUGAUACUAUUCCAAUUUGGUUUAACAAUUUCAUUUCUAAAAUGGAAUAUGUAGAUCUAUCUCACAAUCAAUUCCAUGGUUCUUUCUCACUGUAUAAUGUGACUUCCAUAAUGUCUUAUGUAGACCUGUCUUACAAUCAAUUCCAUGGUUCUUUUUCACUGUAUGAUGUGGCCUUCCCAAUUUAUCAACUAGAUUUAUCUUCCAAUCAAUUCUCUGGUUCUAUUUCAUUGUACAAUUUCACUUCAGAAAUGCGCAAUCUUAAUCUGUCUUUCAAUCAAUUCUCUGGUCCUAUCCCAUCAUCUUUAUCCUCUCAUGAAAUGUAUCUUCAAAAUAAUAAGCUCACUAGCUUAACAUCAUUCAUGUGCAAACCAUUUCUAGUUUCUUCUCCUCACAAAAUAUAUGUUCUUGAUCUUUCAAAUAAUAUGUUAUCUGGAAGCCUUCCUGAAUGUUUCGGAAAUUUUAGCAAUUUGGCCUUUCUCAAUUUAGGUAACAAUAAUUUAUCUGGACUUAUUCCAAAAUCAAUGGGUUCAUUACAAGAAAUUCGAGUUUUGCAAUUGAGGCACAACAACUUCUCUGGAAAUCUACCCUCCUUACAAAAGUGUGAGCAACUUCAAGUUUUUGAUGUUGGAGAUAAUUCAUUGGAAGGAAAAAUACCAUUGUGGAUUGGUCAAAAUCUGAAAAAUUUGAUCUUUCUUUCUCUAAAAUCUAAUAAGUUCAAUAAUUGUAUGCCAUCCAAUCUAUGCAAUCUUCAUGCUAUUGAGAUGUUGGACUUAUCAACGAAUAGUAUAUUUGGGAAUAUUCCACCAUGCCUUGAAAAAUUUACUUCUAUGGUUGAAAAAAGAGAUCACCAUCAAUUACAAACUGGAAGCAGUAAAUUUAGAGUGGAUGUACCUGUUGAUGAAAAUGGUUUGAGACCCAUGGAGUUAGAAUCAUUAGUGAUUAUGUGGAAAGGAGUGUACUAUGAGAAUCAAAAGAUUUUUGAAUCGUUAAGACUCAUUGAUCUUUCAAGCAAUCAAUUGAGUGGAGAAAUUCCAGAAACUCUAACACAUCUUGUUCAAUUGAAUCAACUCAACUUAUCAUGGAACAAUUUGGAUGGAGGCAUCCCAAAGGAGAUAGGGAAAUUGAGUAAUCUACAAUCACUUGAUUUGUCAAACAACAAUCUCUCUGGUCAAAUUCCUUCAAGCUUAGCAACAAUAUCUUUUUUGAGCUUCUUGAAGUUGUCAAACAACAACUUGUUUGGAAAAAUCCCCACAGGCACUCAGCUACAAAGUUUUGAAGCUUCUAGCUAUACAGGGAACCUUGGACUUUGUGGACCUCCUCUAACAAACUCAUCAUGCUCAAAUGGUACCAAUAAUGGAAGCAUUAAUGUUGUUGAAGAUGGUGAUAAAUGGUUAGACAUGAAACAAUUUCACAUGGGAAUUGGAGUUGGAUUCAUUGUUGGAUUUGUUGGAGUUUGUGUCAAUAUUUUUCUCUUGACAUCUUGGAGACCUGUAUAUUUCCGAUUCUUAAAUGCCAUGGGAGAUUGGCUUUAUGUGAGGAUUUCAAUCAAAAUGGCAAAAUUCAAGAGAAUGUUUUCUUCAAAUACUUAA